CGAGCUCCGGCAUCGCGUCAGUCACCUUUGGGACGUGCAACGAGUCAGACCCAGACCGCGAAACCUAAGCCGAAAAGCGAACUCCGAAGUUAAUUUUACUUACGUCGCGACGAACCGAACGGCGAAAGUGAAGCAGCGUUGUUGUUGUUUUUGUUAUUGUUUCCAUCUUGACUUGUCAUCGUCGUAGCAAGCAAGCAUCGCCGCCUGGAAGAGGGAGUGAAACUUUUAGCCGCGCGCUGGAUGCAGUUGUGAAGCGAAGUUUGGAUUGCGAAAAUCAGAGGUGAAAGUUGCGAAACACGGUGGAGGAGAAACACAAAGCGUUGGGUGCGCGCGUGAGUGCGAGUAAACGCCUUUUUACGCGAGGAAUAACAGCCGCUCGGAGCAGGGAAGAAACGGUGCGUUUUUUUUUGUGGAAAUUGCCACCAUCAAGCGCAGUUCAUAUCGGAUCGCGUCACGAUUGACUCUGUUCGUUCGACGGAAUCGAAGGGGAGCCGCCAAUAAAGUGCAAAAUCAUUCGCUAAUCACCCGACCGACCCCCGCCCGCAUACUCUCGGAUCGAAGCAGGCGAGGAGAGAGAGAUCAUCGGAUGAAUGGAUCGGAUGAGUGGUCUAGUGGGCUUUGAAAUUUAAUCCAUUGCUGAUAACAAAAGAAGCAAGCGAGCCAAACAUCGUCGAUACGCACGACGUUGGAUGGACGUGGCCAAGGUAGAGUACGGGGAGAAGCGCGAACGAAAGUGAAAAGCAAAUAGAGGCACCGUUUGUUUCGCUCGAUCACCGCUUGCUGCGUCCAUUGUACAUAAUCGUAGUGGUGUUGCUGUAGUUGUCGUUAUUGCCUAUUUCGGGGAGAAACGCGCCGCGAGUGAGUAAUCGAAAAAAUAAAAGUGAAUCUUAUCGUCGUCGUCUUCUUCGUUGGAGUGGAGGAAACGUUCAGGUGUGUAGCCAUACAAAAGUUCAAACAGUGUGUGCGCGGAGCCGGAAGCGAAAAUUUCGGAAACAAAAUAAAAAAAAAGUAUUCGCAUAAUUGAUUCAGUGUACAGCGUGCGAAAAAAAUUCCAAUUUCUUUGUGAGUGGCGGGAAAAUAAAGCUCGGAUCGUUAACCUUGUGGAAUUGGGAGUGGAAAACAAAACGCGAGUGCGGGACCGAUUUGACAGUCGCCGUUGGAUCAUCAGGAGAGCUUUCCGCAUCGUUAUCUUUGGGCGAGUUUACUGAGAAUUCGUAACCGCAGUGGAGGAAACGACCUCAAUUGCCACCCGAACUGUAUUGAACUCUACACAGACACUUGAACGAACCUAGUCGGGGGUCAACUAACCGAAAACGCAAACCCCAACCUUGGAGUCCGGAUCCUAUGCCGAGUGAUGCGAGAAAUGGAGCGACUACCGGACGAAUGCAGUAGAAAGCUGGGGCACAAUGGCCUGCUGGUGCACUGUCCACGACAGCGGCGAACGACGAAGGUUACCGGAGGAGAUGCGUGGAAGCUGGGCCGUUGCUCCUCGGCAGUGCUUCUGAUGGCUACGAUUGUCUGUGCGCAGAUCUUCGCCGGCAGUUGUACACCCUUAGAUGAUAACAGUAGCAGUAGUAGUAGCGAAAUCGUAGAAUUAACAGCAUGUCAGCAUCUGCGCCGUGCGGAAUCACGCCGCGCCAAGUCACUGGGCGACAGUUUGCUGCACUCGGUGCGAAUACCGCGCUGCACCGCUCUCGGGGACUUCGAACCGGUCCAGUGUUCGAACGAGCUCAACGGCACCGAAUGCUGGUGCGUCGACGAAUAUGGCGUUGAACUGGCCGGAAGCCGGCGAACCAACGGGGACGAAGUGAACUGCACGGUCCUGGAAACCAGCUGCCAGGCGUCCAGCUGUCGGAUGUUCUGCCCGGCGGGAUUCGCCCGGGACUUCAACAGUGGGUGUCCUGUGUGCAAGUGUCGCGAUCCCUGCGAAGGAGUCCAGUGCCCCCGUGGGCAGCAGUGCGAACCGCAGGAGGUCAACUGCAAGAACGAACCCUGCCCACCGGUGCCGACGUGUCGUAAAGCGCGCUCUCUAUCGGACCUUUGCCCAGCAGGACAACCCCUCGCCAUCAGCGGCACCGCACGACCAUUCCUCUGCGGUAAUGACCCUGGCAAACCUUCCUGCCCUCCGCUGUAUCGCUGCCUUGUCCAGUCCGGCAACGAUUACGGAGUAUGCUGUCCAGCAUCGCUUCAGUUCGAGAAACCCGGCACCUGUCCAAAACCGGAAGAGAUCAUGUCUACCGACAACACCGGAUUCCUCUGCGGAACUCCCUGUGGACACGACCUCGAGUGUCCCCAGAUGCAGAAAUGUUGCACUUCGAACGGCUGUGGACGUAACUGCCAACAGCCGCACAAUGUUACCACGUGUCACCAGGCUCGGAUGCUCUCGGAGUUGCUGUCGGUCAAUGAACGUGAAGGUCGCGGAUACGUGCCGCAAUGUGACGGGCCUGGAGGAAGCUUCUCGAUGCGACAAUGCUCCCGCAAUGGUCUGGUCUGUUGGUGCGUCGACCCCAAGAGCGGUAACAAGAUCAAGGGAACGAUGGGUGCAGCCCAGAUGGUCAACUGCGAAGGUGUCGAGAACAUGAUCGGACGCAGCGGUGGACGAAGCGUCGACGGCACUUCACAGCACCUCUGCGAUCACAACAUCUGCGCCGCAGUUUGCGAGUACGGUUUCAAAAACGAUCACAACGGCUGCCCAACUUGCGAGUGUUCCGAACCCUGCGAAGGCUUCAUCUGCCCAUCCGGCUCUCACUGCGAAGUUGCUAAGGAUCCGAAAUGCGCCUCCUACUCGGGACUGUGCUCUUCGGAGCCCGUCUGCAAGCCCGACUUGGUGUAUUCCAACCCAUGCGAGAUGGGAACUCCCCUAGCGGAUAACACAACCGGUGAACUGCUGUACUGUCAUCUGAAUCGCCCCAAAAGUCGCGAAUACCAGAGCCGCACGUUCUUUGACGAUGCCGAAGAGGACGACAUGCUCGGCCGCAAACGGUCCCUUUCAAACACCAUAAACUGCCCGGAAACGCACGAGUGCAUGAAGCUGCACGGCGAGUCCGGAAGCGUUUGCUGCCCAAUGGAAAACGAAACCGUUCCAACGCCCGAAGGACGUCAACAGUCUAUGUGCGAAUACUUGCGUGACUUUUCGGAUCGCAUGGAGGGAACGGUUGAAGGUAUGGAGCUGGCUCUGCCACCACCGAGCUGCUCUAUGGACGGGGCCUAUGAAGCGAUGCAGUGUACCAGGAAAAGGAUUCGGGUGAACCGGGCGGAGCAACGACGCUACCUGGAGCAGAACAAUAUCCGACAGAUGCGAAAACUGCUGGAGGACGCCAAACGUGUCAAGAGGGAUGCCGUCCCAACGCAGAACCUUAAACUGAUCAAGGUGGACGAUAUGUACGACAAUGCGAAACCACAGUCUUCGGAAGAGCCCGUACCGGAAGCAAUCAUGUCUUACCUGCGACAGAGGAUGCUGGUUUCUGAGGAAGACUUGGGAGUACAGGGUCGAUCAGCGAAGAUCAUUGACUUCAACCGAUUGGAUUCGAAGAAUUCGAAUGCUAAUGUGGACAAACCGGAAGUGAAGCCUUCCAGCUUGCUGAAGAAGCCACUUCCGGUGGAAGAUGAUUUGGUAGAGAUCGACGUCGAAGAGUGCUGGUGCGUGGACAACUUCGGUACAGAGAUUCCAAAGACGCGUGGAAUGAAUUCUACUAAGAAAUCAUGCGAAGAUCUGCGAGAGUCCUUGGGUUGUUUGGACCUAACCUGCCGAAUGGGAUGCGACUAUGGUUUCAUCCUGGACUCCGAUACACAGUGUCCUUCUUGCGAAUGCCGUGACCCAUGCGACAACGUCUCCUGCCCGGAAGGGCAAGAGUGUAGAUCGGUUGAGGUAUCCUGCGAGGGCGAAUACUGUCCACCGGUGCCAGCAUGCUUUCCUAAGAAACCAGGCCAGUGUCCAUUCCUAGUACCUCCCGGUAGCGAAAAUUCCGAAUCGGACUCAUGCGAAUACGAAUGCCGCACGGAUGCCCACUGUGAAGGAUCCAAGCGAUGCUGCUCAAAUGGCUGCGGAACACAGUGCGUCGAACCUCAGCUGAAAACAGCCUGUCAACAUCUGCAAACCAUCCAGCUGCACCAAGCUAGCGAACUUGGAGUUCCACCGAAGCAGAAGUACAUAGCCCAGUGCGACGUCGACGGAAGUUAUCGAACAGUACAAUGUGGUCCUGGAAACGUCUGCUGGUGCGUAGAUGAAUACGGCAACGAAAAGAGCGGCACUCGAACAACGAACGCCGAACCCAACUGCGAUCUAUAUCCGAAAAGCGAAUGCCCCAUGAGGAAGUGCUCGGCCUGCGAGUACGGUUACAAAAUCGACGCCAACGGCUGUAAGACCUGCGAGUGUCGCAAUCCCUGCGACGAAAUCUCCUGCCCUCGAGGCGAAGAAUGCCAACUGAUCCAGGUGGAGUGCAUCUCGGUGCCGUGUCCCAAGAUGCCUAUCUGCGUGCCGAUCCGUGAUUCCGUCUGUCCGGAAGGACUCCCGCUGAAAUCCGGAGGACGCGAGAUCGUCUGCGGACCGCAAGUCGACGCCGAUACGUGCCCGUCCACGCACGUCUGUCAGCUCAAUAUGAUCAGCAACCGGGGGUCCUGUUGUGCCAAAACAAGAGACGUUUGCUUUGAAUCGAUCGAGUCGAGCUGCCUGGCGUCGGAGAUGCACCUCUCGGACAGCAACGACCUGGACAGUUUAACCAAGUGGCGUUUCAGUCCACGCCUGAACAAGUGCGUUCCGGUCAACUUGCCCAAGUCGAGCAACUGCCAAUCGAAGAACCUGUUCCACAGCGAGCAGGCUUGCAACGGAGUUUGUCCGGUUCUAUCCCAGUGCGAACGGCUGCGGUUGAAGAAUGCGAUGGCGGCGAAGCGUGCCGGACAACCGAGCACUUGGUUCCAACCACGCUGUGAUCCAGAAACUGGCUUCUGGAGUCCUGUGCAGUGCCUUGGAUCAACGGCUCCCAGCAACGGAACGACUACACAGGAAACUCCCAGCCUUGGAGUUUGCUGGUGUGCGGAUAAGAAGGGAGCCCCGGUGAAGGGUUCGUUGACCAAGGGCUCGGAACCCAAGUGCAGCAGCCGACAGGCCAGGAGGCGAUUAUCUACCAGCGGCGAAGAGUCCAGCGAUCCAGUGAUGGAAGAACUGAUCCGGCAGAUCACCUUUUUGGUCGACGAGAACAACUACAUCGAUGAAGACUUGGAGCCAACGGUGCCAUCGGCGAGUGCGCCCAACACCUUAGCUAACUUCGCACCGGAGCCUCGUUACAUCGGAUCCAUUUCCGCAGUUACAGAGAAAAUAAUCGAAAUGGCCCGUACCGACGAUGGAAGCAAUUUCAUCGAAGAUCCAGUGAAGAAGCUAACCGCUUCAACAACACGCUGCCAGGCCCUGAAGCAGGCAGCUUCCUUCCCCGUAGCGUGCGACGAGAACGGAGUUUUCGAACCAACCCAGUGUAACGGAGAUACCUGCUGGUGCGUGGAUGCUGCCGGUAAUCAACUGCCUUUGUCCAGCACCUUCAAGCGAGGCUUCCGCAGUUGUCUGUUCACUCCAAUCGAUGCUGUAGAGGUUGAACUCCACCUCAGCAACCCUCAUCAGCGAAUUCUACUGAACCUGUACGAAGUGCUCCGAAAUGAUCUGCAUUCCCUGAUCGGCAGCAUCUUCGACAAUUACCGAGUUCAUGAGAACAGCGAUGGUAGCGUGAUGCUCCGGUUCGACCUCAUCGAAGACAACAAGGUGGACGAUGCGUUUGCCAUCGAAGAAAUGGUCCGGGAUCACGUCUUCGUCAUGUACCACGGUGCAUUGAUCGCGGACGUUACCCAGUCCCGUUUCUCCCACAAAAUCUCCGCCAACCUUCCGGUACCUCAACAAUCGUCCGGAAUACCGGAGAACACCUUCCAGACGAUUGUGUUCGUUCUGGCGACGGCUUCAGCCUUCCUCGUGAGCAUCCUAGUCGUGUUCGUGAUGCUCAAGCGGGGCAAGAACAAGAUGAAGCACUACAGCAAUGGCAACCGCAUGAUGAGCAUCGGUGCCGACAAGUACCUGGACUACAGUUCGCCAAUCUUUGUGCUCAGUGCCAACGAUACCAAAUCGCUUCCGGACCAUCACCGUCGGCCGGCAACGACGCAGGUCAAGGCACCUCCGGUCAACGAUCACGGCCCCGAAGGGCACUAAGUCGACCCCCAAUCUAGUAGAGAAAAUCUAUUUUCUUAAAACAAAAACACGUGGGCCAAACUCUUCCCCCCUUAUGUUAUCCGUUUUGUGUACAUAUGAAAGCCGUACUUUUAACUAACCCCCCCUUUUCGAAUGGAAAUAAAAUUGUAAUACACCUCUGUAUUCCUCAAACAAAGCCAGAAACUUUUCCCUCUUCCUAUUACUGUUGACUGUUUUAGCGUUUAAUCGCAUCCUAAGCCUGCACAGAUAGACAUAACCUCUAUGAUCGUAGAUUUUUGAGUGCACACUUUUUGAUCAAUCGUUAGACUUUUUGGGGUUUUUUUGAUCUAUCCUAUCAAACUUUCAAAAAACUAUGUAGCCAAUAUCCGGGUGUAGGGUUUUCCUUUAGUCUGUCCAUUCUCUCUACCGCAAGCAUCAUUCCCCAUUUUUUGUGUUGUAUUCAUUCAAGAAACAAUUCGCUAAUUUUUCAUACCGAACUUCCUGAAGAUUCUUUCAUUUUCUUGGAAAGUCAAAUUGUACAUAGCAGUUGGAAAAAUCGAAGACAGCCCUACCAGAGAGAUUAGAAGUCGAUUAAUUCAGUUUAGGUAACCGCGGCAGGAGAUAAGGUUCGUUGUUCGUAUGCCGCAAGUCUCUCGAUCUGUCGUCGUCUGGAGGUUCGAUCGAUGCUUAUAUUUAUUUAUUUUGUCGCUUUGUUUAAGAAAGAAGAAGAAGGUUUAAGAUGUGAAUUUGUUGACGAUGAUUUCCGAAAUCUUUUGCAUACGGAAAUGCACCGUUUGGAAAGGAUUGAUUACCUAUUGACAGAUGUUUGAAACGAAAAAUGACCAUGUAAAUAAAAUUUAUUAAAAAAUGUGAAAUUCAAAUACAUCACUGUGAGAACAAGUUUAUGCUCCGUUUCAAUAAAAUUGAAGGAAGUGCUAGUUAAUAAACAA